AUGAAGCUAGACAGGAACGACCUCGACACCCCGGCCGUCACCGUCAAUAUCAACAGCGGCGAGAGCUUCCCGGUGGACCCUACCAAUCUCUCCUUCUCCCCCCGGGAGAAGCGGCCCAAGUCGCACGACUUCUCCACCGAUCUAUCGGCCGACACCAGCACAACCGCGAUCUCGCCCGACCAACACAGCCCCUCGGCUCGAGCCAAAGCCGCCAGCGAUGCCGGCGAAUUCCUCUGCAUUCCUGUCGUCGAGGAGCACCCCCAGGGGCGGCAAGGGUCGGUCAGGGACGACAGCGAAGACGACUACAUUUCCGGUUCGACCGGGGAGUCGGGCUCGAGCCUAAGCUCCUCCGAGGAGAGCGAGGGCGAGAACACCACCCAGAACCGCGAGAAGAGGGCCUACCGCAAGCGAAGGUAUAUCAUCCGCGAGAUCCUCGCCACUGAGAACACCUACGUCAGGCACCUUCGCGACAUGGUGGAGGGAUUCUUUGAGCCAAUGGAACUGGCCGUAAAAUCGCCCAGCCAGAGUCCCCUCUACCAGCGCCUCCGCCACCAGCAACACAACUGCCUGCCCACCUGGGAGGAUCUGAAGGAGGUCUUCUCAAACAUCGUAACCAUCUACGAGCUCAACGACGCCUUUCUGAGCAGCCUCAAGGCCAUGCAAGUCCACCUAGACUCGGGCAACGACGCCAAGCUCCAGCUGGGCGAUGCGUUUCUGGUCGUGACGGACUCGUUCAAGUUCUACUCGUCGUUCGUCAACACAUACCAGGCGAGCAUGGACGCCUACGAUCGUAUAAACCAGACCCUCAUCUUCAAGGAGCUGGCCAAGGCUCUCGAGGAGCGCGGUGGCCGGUUGAGCUUCAGCUCGCUCCUCGUCACGCCCAUCCAGCGCAUCCCUCGAUACCUCCUACUUCUUCGGGACCUCCUGAACAACACGCCGCCCACCCACCCUGACCACUGCAAGCUGUCGGUGGUACUGCCCAAGAUGGAGGAGGUGGCGACCUACAUCAACACAGAGAAGAGCAAGUUCGACAACCUCACCGUCAUCCUCAACCUGAGCUACCUCAUCUCGGGGUACACGGACUCGUUCAUCAAGCCCGGCCGCAAGUUCAUCCGCGAGGGAUUCCUGAAGAUCUACGACGAGGAGGCGAUGAAGUCCAAGCGCCGUUACUUCUUCCUGUUCAGCGACACCCUCCUCAUGACCCGGCCCAAGCGCGGCAGCACCUUCUUCAACAAGGGCGCCGGCCGCUACCAGUUCAUCGACUCGCUCCAGCUGCUGUCGGCCAGCGUCCAGUCCUACCAGACCGGCAGCGUGACCCACGCGCUCAAGGUGACCCAGGCCGACGGCACCCACUACAUCCUCCACACCAAGGAGAAGGAGGAGCGCGUGGCCUGGCGCGAGGCCUUCGAGGAGGCCAUCCAGAGCGUCUCGCUCUACACCAACAGCACCAAGGCCCGCUCACACCUGGUUACCAACAAUCCCAGCUCGUUGCCCACACUCUUGGAGAAGUUCCCUCCGUCGAGCGAGAGAACCGGAGUGGAGGCGGUCAAGCAGCGCCUCAAGGCCCGCAGCACGUCGGUGGAGCACCCCUCAAUCCCACGUCUUCCCAAACGCAAGCGCGCUUCGAACGACUACCUUCUGACCAGCUCGUCGUCGACCUCGUCGUCGCUGUCGGCCUCGCCGCUCUCCUCGCAGUCGUUCUCCUCGUCGCCCACCUCUUCCCAGCCAUCCUCCGCGACCGUGUCCGGCAGCUCCACACCGCUGUCUCCCCGGCCGCAGGGCCCCGCGUUCACCCACUCGCUCGUGCACACAGCCAGCAGCGCGCUCAACCGACUCACAGCCCGCGCCCGAUCCAAGGACAAGCUCGAGCGCAAGACACGGCGGCGCAGCGCCACCCUCUCGUCCAGCGAUGGCACAGUGCCUGUGCACCAAAUGACCACUGCCCGCGAGGCGGCUCAAACUCUGCUGUCCUGCUCGGUGACGACGUCCAACGAGGAGGUCAGAUGCCGGUCGGACAAGAAGUCCGACAGCGUUUGCCCUCAGAACAAACACAAGCUCUCCCGGUCGCUCACCUCCACGGACCUGCUCGAGGUCACUGCAUUCGACCCGACCGCGCCUGCUCCGGCCUUGCCCACAGCCCCUUCCUCCACGCCAACUACCCCGCGUUCAUGCCCAACGAAUUCGUCGCCAUCAACGCCAGUACCACAUCUUUCGUCGUCGGCUCCCACGUCGCCCGCGCCGUCGUGCUCCGCUGCGAAGCUGAGCCGACCGUCGAUCCACCCCGUCAGCUUCUUCCUCCCGAAAACACCGCAAUUGUACUAA